AGAAGAGAUUCCAAAAGUGGAUGUAGAAACUGCUGAUUCAGGAUUCACCCUGGGAAGUGUAACAUGAUUAUAAAAAGACCUUGACGAUUUAAGAAUGGAGGGAGUAACUACCCUGGUACCUUCUGGGAGCAAAUUUAACCAAGGUCGUGCUGCAUACCCUGCUGAACCUCAGGCCAAGGUCACACUCAACAUCUGUUCAAGGUGUGCCAGGCUUCAAGGAGACAACCUGGCAGAAAGGACAGAAGAGACAUCACCACAAAUUCUUCAUUCUCCAGAUGAAAUAAUCCCAGAUUCGUUGGGUUCUUUACCUCAGACUGAAGAAGUAGUAAUGGAAGAGGGUGGAGAAUUUGGGAAACCAUCUAAAUUAACAGGACCUGGAGAAGCCCCCAGUGGAGGACAGUCAUUGAAAACCUACAUGGAAGAAGAUGAAUCUUUAAAGCAAUUGCAGGUGGUUCACCAACCAUGGAUCUUGCCAAGUGACACAGAAAGCGAAGGAGUAGAGGCAGAACAAGAAAAACGUUCUGCUGAUCUUCUUCUCUGUGUUCCGUGUUCUUCCUGUCCUACUCUGGUCUACUCUGGUCUGUGACACAGGCAGAGGUUGCAAGUGGCCCUUAAAGAAAUUGCAAUUAUUAAAAUCCUUAUGCAUAGUUCUAAUUUUAUUUCCUAUGUGUAAUCAUUUAAAGAAUGGUUAUUUUUAUAAUAUCAAUACCAAACAAGUACUCUUGUAACCAGGGGGUGCCUAAGUGUGUAAUGAGAGAGCACUAACCUGGCAAAGGAUUCUGGGAGUGGCCAGGCUGCCUGCUUCCUUUUGACAUGGUUAGUGUCCUGGGUUUCAAUUACUUUAUAUCUAGCUGUUAAGCUUACUAUUUGAUACAUUAAAUAUUGCCUGAUUCAAAUAACUUUGCUUAAAAGUUUUUCUGUAUUUUAACUUGUCUAGGGUUUUCUAUUUCUUCUAUUUUUAUAAUAUUUUCUCAUUUUUUAGAUUAAUAAACAUUAUACUUACCCACAUGUGCCAAGAUGUGCCACUUAGGUAUCUCUGGGCGGUGGCCGUUGUGCGUCAUCACCUGCUCUGUGUUCUGUGCAGCUGCCAGGCAUCUUGCGUCUUCCCCACCACUGCUCCUUCCUACAAUUAUCCGCCUUGUUCCUAUCAAAAACAAAAAAUUCAUAUGUUAAUUCGGUAAAGCCGAUCAGUAAGGAAUGAAAUGCAUGCCCCAAAGCAUAUGCAGUGAGCACUGUUUGACCGUUUAUCGAAUUAUUGAACCCAAUUAAGACUCUUUUAAAUUUGAUAUCUGCUUGCUUUAGGAAUGUGUUAAGCAUUGAUGCUAAGUGAAUGGAUCUAAGUAAAUUUAUUAUCUCAACUGUCUGUUUUAUUUAAUUGUCUUAACCUAAGUUUGCUUUCUGGACCCUUGAGGCAUAUGGUGAAUUUAUAAAACUGCCUGUAUCACUGUCAAAGAAACAAAUGUGAAAGGCCAGGACACGGCUAAAGAAUAAACAAAGAAACUCCUGUUGUA